AUGCAAACCAAGACGGGAAUCACAAGGGCGCCAGUCGACCCUGAGGACUCGGCAACGCUCGAGGGUCAUGCUCGUCCCAAAGAUGCUCGAGGUGACGAUCAGCAACAGCCUGCGUCCUGUGCCUCUAGCAAUGCCGGCGGGGUUACCGGGAGCGUCGAGGGAGAGUUGAUUGACUUCAAGACACUGCACUGGCUGCAAGGAGGCAUCCUGCUGGUAGCAGAGACCGUUUCAUUGGGGAUCCUGUCACUGCCCUCCGUCCUGGCCACCGUAGGCCUCGUGCCGGGUAUUAUCCUCAUAUGUGUCAUCAGCGCGUUGGCGACCUCCUCCGGGCUCCUCCUCGCCGAGUUCCGGAAGGAGUAUCCCUUCGUUCAGAAUUUCGGAGACGCAGUUGGACUCAUUGGAAAGUCAAUUGGCAUGGGCGGUGUCUUCCGAGAAUUUUUUGGCUGGGCCCAAACCGUCCUCCAGGUCUUUCUCCUGGGUGGGCAUAUUCUCAUGUGGACGAUUUGCAUGAAUACCUUGACGGAUAGCAAAGUCUGUACUGUCGCAUGGGCAGCAAUUGGCAUGUUCAUUUUCUGGAUAUUCAAUAUUCCCAGGACUUUGAAGUACACCAGCUGGAUGUCAGCAGCAUCUUGCAUCUCUAUCCUGGUCGCCGUCCUCAUCACAGUCGUUGAUGUCGGUAUUGAGAAACCUAUCGGCACUGGAUCCAUAGAGGUUUUCAAAUCCCUCGGCUUUGCUCCAGCUUUCCUCGCUGUGACCAACAUCUCCAGUGCUUUCUCCAGCCACGCCAUCUUCUUCAGCAUCAUCGCCGAGUUCAAAAAUCCGGACGACUGGCCAAAGGCGCUGGCCUUCCUGCAGAUAACGGACACCACCCUCUAUAUUAUCUCCGCCGUCAUCAUCUAUGUAUACGUCGGGCCAGACGUCCCCUCGCCGGCUCUCUCUGCGGCUGGCAGCAUAACAGUCCGCAAAGCGAUUUGGGGAAUUGCAAUCCCUACAAUUGCUAUCGCCGCCGUCAUUUACACCCACGUUGCGUCGCAGUACGUCUACACACGUAUCUUUGGAAAUACGAAGCAUGCCAUCCGGAGGACCAAGGUAUCGACUAUCUCCUGGCUUCUCAUUACUCUGGCUAUCUGGGCCAUCGGAAUGGUGAUCUCCCAGUCAAUCCCAGUGUUCAACGAUCUUAUCGGGCUCAUCGCUGCAGCGUUUGCUGGGUGGUUCUGCUUCGGACUGCCGGGCAUCUUCUGGCUGUGGAUGCACCAUGGAAGCUGGUUCACGAACUGGAGAAAAACAGUCAACUUUGCUUCCAUAGCAACCGCCUCGGGAUCAAAACCGUGGACUUGCGCGAGCAAUGCAGUGGGAUGA